CGCCCCACGCACGAAAUGCUCGCCACCGCGAACGUCAACGCCGUCGCGGCCUCCGCGACGCGCCCCGCGUCCCUCUCCGCGCGCCGCGGGCUCGUCGCCGCGUCGCCGCUGCGCGUCGCGAAGACCGCGCCCAGGGCGCGCGUCGUUCGCAUGUCCGCGCGCGCGGAGGAGGGCGUCUUCGACAAGAUCAAGCGCCUCAUCGCGGAGAACGACGAGAAGGAGAGAAAGAAGAAGAUCGUCGCGUCGCCGACGGGGGUGCCGCCGCCGCCGGUCGUGCCCGUGCUCGAGCCGGGGAAGAUCGGCUUCGUCGCGAACGCGGAGAUGUGGAACUCGCGCGCGAGCAUGGUCGGGUGGUGGAGCCUCCUUCUCGUGGAGGCGGUCGCGGGGAAGGGGCUCCUGGAGAUCAUGGGAUUCUCCGUCGGCAAAGGGAUCAACUUUACGUUUUAGAGAAAAGUCCUUAAGGAAUGAAGUUCACAACGCGAACGCGGUCGUAUGAGGGCCAGUGUGAGGAGAACGAACGGGGCACGACGCGAGAGCGGGUGUCGCCGCGCGCGCGCGCGCUGCGAUAGGAUCGAUUGCGAUGCGAAGAUAGGAGGAAAGGCGU